ACAAGUGGGGUGUGGGCUACGGAGACAUGGCCAAGGCACCCAGGGAUUCUAUUCUUUUUUUUGAGCCAAUUGCUCUAAUCACUAGCCCACAUUGCCCUCUGUUGUCAGGUGUUUCAGAAGGGACAUUGACAGAUGCACUUUAUUUCUUUCUCCCUGCUUUGUGCAGCCAGACGCAGCUUUCUAAGCAGCCCCGUUCAGUUAAUUUUAAUCAGUUUAUUGCUAGACUCAAGGGGUGGCGCUUAACUGCCAUUGACUUCAGUAGGAGUGAGGCACCCAACCCUCUUAGCCAGGUUUGAAAAUCCCACUAGGCACCUGUCUGCAUUUAUAGGCACCUACCUACCUUUGCAAAUCUGGCCCAAAGUCACUUUUGGAAAUGGGACUUAGACUAUUUUGAAAAUCGUGUCUUAUGUUGUCUUUUUUUCUCACACAUGCCAGAGCUUUCAUGAUCUACAGUGCGGUUAACAGUCCUCCAAGACAAGACAAGACAACAACCUUUACAUGUCUGCGUUGUGUCACCAGGAACUGUGCUACAAUAAACCAAACAUGGAAGGCUGGGGAGAGAUUUACUUUGGGAUUGUCAGAGGCUCUAAGUGGUUUAGGAGCAUUUUCCUUUGAAAGUCAAUGGGGCUUGUGCUCCGAACUCAUGUGGGUUUGUUAAUUUACAUCAUCCAUAUUCUGGACAUUUAAUUAUUCCGAAUUAUUAUUUACAUCCCUGUGCCACCAGAAUGCAGAGAAAAUCUACAAGAAAUGCUGUAGCCUCUGCAGAGUCUUUAGCCCACCCAUCACCACAGCACAUCCUCCUCGGAGGCGUCCCUCACUGGAAAUGACCAAGACACUGUACCCAGUCACUGCAGCAGUGCACUCGGCGUCAGCCUUUGGGCCAGUGUGUCAGGAUUUUCUCCUACUAUUUUUAUGAACAUGAUCUUUGCUGAGUAUCUGCUUUUAUCUUCCUUAGUACUGGGAGUGCAGUUAUUUCUGCACCAGACUCAGCGGAUCCAGUUUGUUGAAGUUAAUGACACCGCAAAGAUCCACUGUUCUUCCACAGAAAACUUGGAAGCAGGAAGUAACAUGUUUUGGUAUUUGAGAAGAGAAGGUGAGAAACCCACCUGCAUUAAGCGCUGUUUGGAUGAUCAAAAUGUAAGUAAAUUUGCUUGCAAACACAAGACACACAGCUCGACACUGGAAAUCAACAACGUCCAAAAGACUGAAUCUGGCAUUUACUACUGUGCAUAUAAAUACAGCAGCUACCUGAUUUUCGGGAAUGGAUCCAUGCUGAUUGUUGGAGACAGUUAUACCAAGAGCAGCUGGGUGAUGCUUCUGGUUCCAUUUCGACAUGGCAGUCAAGUCACUGGGACAGUGAAUCUGGCUUGUGUGAUCCGUGGAGUGUCCAGCCCAGUCCAUGUUUCGUGGAGUGUUUCUGGGGAGCUUCAGGAACAGGGGCUGACACGCUCACUGAAAGCAAAGGAUGGAUCUUUAACCCUCAUAAAUCACAUCAGCGUCCCCAUGGACACCUGGACCAGUGGGAAGAAUUUCACCUGUGAAGUCAAAUUCAACUCUUCCGGCAACAGUGUGAAGAAAAGUACCAGAUAUUCUGCAGCCCCUGCCAGCGAGUGCUCACAUUACAUUGCGCCCCUUGCGGCUGGUGCUGGUCUGCUGCUGCUGGUGGUGUCUCUGAGCCUCGUCUGGACCCUCUGCCCUUCCGCGCUAGGACUCAGGCCCAGGACCUCAGCACCCCCAGCUUCCAAGGAGCACCAGGGUGGAAUCUUAUACGCUCAUCUGGAUUUUGAUUCGCGGAAUCACAAGAGGCGCACGAUGCAGCGAUCGGCCAGAGAGAAACGUGUAAAAGCCUGAACUGUCUAGUGCAGGGGAAUCCACAAAUGGGAACUGAUGUCUGGUUCUCUGCUGAUCGGACGUAGCCGCUGCAAGAAGGCUCUGUCUGUCUCCCCCUUCUUUCUUUUUGUAUUUUCUCCACUUCUCUGUUUAGAAUAAAAAGGUCAGAAGAUCCCCACAGGGUCCAGCCUCAUCAGGUGGGAAAUCUCCUUUUGGGAUAUAAAGGCAUCGUGGUGUAGAUGAUUUUACAUGUCACGUGUGUAUUAGAUUGGAACCUCUUUGGGGCAGGUACGGUCUCUUUGUUCUGUGUUUGUGCAGCCCCUAGCACAAUGGGUGCUAUGCUAACACAAUAAUUGUCAUCAUCAUCCUCUCAUCUGCAGAGGGACCCAGACACAGCUGAAUGGCUGCAGCUUCCCUGCAGAGAGUGAGGUCAGAUGGCAGGAGCCUGCAGAGGGGAUGUGCAGCCUCUGUAUACACCACAGCUCCCAACUCCCCUGAUCAUCAGCAGGCGCAUGCUCCCUUUGCAGUAACGUAACAUAGACGAGCAAUGGGAUUGGGAAGGGGAAGGAUGGAUGCAGGAGCUGGGAGGGAUGGGAAUCUCUCCCCAGGCUAGGGCUGGAGCUGCUAUUCCAGUGCUCCCUCUGGAGCAGUGUUUCCCAACGACCUGUCUGUGGACCAGUGCCGGUCCCUGAGAUCUCCCUGACACAGUUUAGGAAGGCAGCCAGGCGGGCCCGGGUGUCCAAAAGGCUGAGAAAUGCUGCUCUAGAGUCUGCUGCUUUCCCCCAAAGGCGAGAUCCACAGAGCCCUGUGUUCCAGCCCCUCUGCGCCAUCUAUAACAACACGUUAUCAAUGACUGGCGCUCUCCUGGUGCCUGAGCCUGCACGCGCUGCCUGCUUACAUCACAACUUGUUAUUGUUCAAGCUGUCGUUCAAACUGUCACUCAAUAAAAAGACCCAGAAUUGA